AUGGUCCCCUCUCAAGCCAAAGAAACUAAAAACAUUGUAUUUAUUGGUGCUUCAUGUGCAGCUAUGGGUUGUGCACUUCAUUGGCGUCAAGAGCCUAUUGAAGGUUAUAAAAUGAUUCUGAUUGAUGAAAAGACUCACUUCAAUCAUGUCUUUGCUUUCCCCCGUGCCUCUGUCAUUCCCGGGUUUGAAGAAGAACUGUUUGUCCCUUACAAUAAUACUUUUGAAGGUGAUGAUACCAAGGGCCAAGUGAUUCAUGCUCGUGCUACCUCAAUUCAUAAAGACUAUGUGGAAAUUGAUAGAGAAGUGCCUGGAUUUGGACAAAAGAUUGAGUAUGCCUAUCUUGUAUAUGCUGCAGGUACAAAGAUUCCUGAACCUGGUCGCUUCACUGUCAAUACAAAAGAAGAAGGGAUUGAAAAACUCAAGCAAUAUCAAGAAUUGAUUAAAGAAGCCGAAAAGCCUAUCAUUAUUGGUGCUGGUGCUGUUGGUUUAGAACUUGCUUCUGAAAUUAAGGAACACUAUCCUGAAAAAACGGUCACUCUUUUACAUUCUCGCAACAGAUACUUGCCUAGAUAUAAAGUUAGUAUGGAUGUCAUGAUCUAUAAUAUUCUCAAGAAGCAUGGCGUAAAACAAGUCUUGGGUGAUCGUGUUAUUCUGCCUCCGAAUGGGUUCCCUUUAGAGGUUAAACCUAUUGAAGUGCAUACAAAAGGUGGUAAUAUUAUUCAUGGUGAUUUUGCAAUCAUGUGUAUAGGCAUGACACCCAAUAACGGUCUACUCGAAACUCUUUCACCAAAAUCGAUUGAUCAAGAUACUGGAUUUGUCAAAAUUAAGCCUACAAUGCAAAUUGCUGAUGAUCGAUUUCCUCAUAUCUUUGCAGCUGGCGAUGUGACAAAUCACACAGAUGUCAAAACUGGUCAUUAUGCUUGGAUGCAAGGUUUAGCUGCCUUGACGAAUAUCAAGAAAAUGAUUCAAGGUGCUACUCAAGAAGAAUUAGAGCCUUACAAGAGUAAGGAUCUUGCAUUGAUCAAGCUUAUUUUAGGAAAGAAAGAAGCAGUGAUGCAAACGCAUGUGCUUGGCCCUUUGGUAGCUGUGGGCUCUUGGAUCGCUGGUCGUUCUAUUCCUGAAAAUGUCUAUGCAUCUGCUACUUGGGGUUGGCUAAAUGCCCCAUUAGAAGAAUUAUUGGCCAAGAAAAAGAAGUUGUCAACAAUAAGCUGUUAA